CGUAACUCGCGCUCCAGCAGGAUUCACAGCAGUGUGGCGCGCCCCCCCCCCCCCCGUCGCGCUUUACGGCAGCGCGGCUCCUGCUUGCCCCGAGGGGAAGCCGCUUUUUUUUUUUUGCACCGCGCUUUACGGCAGCGUGUUGUCCAUCCCUCCGGUUUUGCGACCGUUGCCGGGUGCCGCUGUGCGGGGGUCAUGGAUGUGGGUGAGCUGCUCAGCUACCAGCCCAACAGAGGGACAAAAAGGCCCCGUGAUGAUGAAGAUGAGGAUAUCAAAGCACGGCGGAAACAAGCCAGUGCACGGGAGCGCAGUCGCCACCGAGAAGAGGAAGCUGCUGCACUGGAAGAAACUGAUGAUGAGAAAAAAAAACUUCUUCAGAUGGUUGAUAAGGAGGGAGAAGAGGAAGAAGAGGAGGAUGAGCCUCUGGAUGAAAGUUCGGUGAAGAAGAUGAUUCUUACUUUUGAGAAGAGGUCUUAUAAAAACCAAGAGCUGCGGAUCAAGUUCCCAGAUAAUCCAGAAAAGUUCAUGGAGUCUGAGCUGGAUUUAAAUGACAUCAUUCAGGAAAUGCAUGUGGUUGCAACCAUGCCUGAUCUUUACCACCUGCUGGUGGAGCUGAACGCUGUACAGUCUCUCCUAGGGCUGCUUGGACACGAUAAUACAGAUGUGUCCAUAGCCGUGGUGGAUCUGCUUCAAGAACUGACGGACAUAGAUACACUCCAUGAGAGCGAAGAGGGAGCUGAAGUCCUCAUUGAUGCUCUAGUUGAUGGCCAGGUUGUGGCCUUGCUGGUCCAGAAUUUAGAGCGCCUAGAUGAAGGUGUAAAAGAGGAGGCUGACGGAGUCCAUAACACUCUUGCGAUCGUUGAGAACAUGGCAGAGUUCCGGCCAGAGAUGUGUACGGAAGCUGCGCAGCAGGGCCUCAUGCAAUGGUUGCUCAAGAGACUGAAGGCAAAGAUGCCUUUUGAUGCCAAUAAGCUGUACUGCAGUGAGGUGCUGGCCAUUCUGCUCCAGAAUAAUGAUGACAACAGGGAAUUGCUUGGGGAGCUGGAUGGGAUCGAUGUGCUGCUUCAGCAGUUAUCUGUGUUUAAACGACACAAUCCAAGCACGGCCGAGGAGCAGGAAAUGAUGGAGAACCUGUUUGACUCUCUCUGUUCCUGUCUAAUGCUGAGCUCCAACCGUGAUCGCUUCCUGAAAGGGGAGGGGCUACAGCUGAUGAACCUCAUGCUCAGAGAAAAAAAGAUCUCUCGCAGCAGUGCUCUGAAGGUACUGGACCAUGCCAUGAUUGGACCCGAGGGCACAGACAACUGUCACAAGUUUGUAGACAUCCUGGGUCUGAGGACUAUCUUCCCACUCUUCAUGAAGUCUCCAAAGAAGAUAAAAAAAGUCGGAACAACUGAAAAGGAACACGAAGAGCACGUCUGUUCCAUCCUGGCCUCCCUGCUGCGGAAUCUGAGAGGGCAGCAGAGAACGCGGCUGCUGAAUAAAUUCACGGAGAACGACAGUGAGAAGGUUGAUAGGCUGAUGGAACUGCAUUUUAAAUAUUUGGAUGCAAUGCAGGUGGCUGACAAGAAGAUAGAAGGAGAAAAGCAUGAUAUGGUGCGCCGGGGGGAGAUAAUAGACGAUGACAUGGAGGAUGAAUUCUACCUCCGUCGCCUAGAUGCUGGUCUCUUCGUUCUACAGCUCAUCUGUUACAUCAUGGCAGAGAUCUGCAAUGCCAGUGUCCCCCAGAUUCGUCAGAGAGUCCAUCAGAUUCUGAACAUGAGAGGCAGCUCCAUCAAGAUUGUUCGGCACAUCAUAAAGGAGUAUGCGGAGAACAUCGGGGACGGGAAGAACCAGGAAUUCCGGGAGAGCGAGCAGAAGCGGAUUCUGGAGCUGUUGGAGAAUUUCUGAGAACUCUGGAUUUGAAAUCUGUGUCUCAUAACAAGGACACAGCCAGCACACUGAGCCUUUCCACCAUCAGCUACCCAGCAGAAAUGACUUCUCGGUUAAACCCAUUCUAAUGGGGAUUUCUGAGACAUUAAAAGUUAAUUUUUUUUA